AUGCUUGAGGGCAGAGCAGCCAUUCAGAGGAAUAUUGACAGGCUGGAGGAAUGGGCCAAGAGGAACUCGAUGAAAUUCAACAAGGAAAAAUACCAUGUCCUGCACCUGAGAAGCAAGAACCCCUUGCGGCAACACAGACUGGGGCCUGACUGCCUGGGGAGCAGCUUUGCUGAAAACGUCCAGAGGGAAUUGGUAGAUGGCAAGCUGGGCAUGAGUCGGCAGUGUACCCUCUCAUCAGAGAAGGCCAGCAGCCUCUUGGGCUGUACUGCACAGCCACCAUUUCGUAGAGUGACGUUUUCUGUUGUGAGUCAGCCUCAGGACCCACAUCAAGGGUCAUUGCAGAGCUGCUAUGACAGCGGUCUGGAGGAGUCAGAAACACCAAGCAGUAAGAGUUCAUCAGGGCCAAGACUGGGUGCCCUUCCACUCCCAGAGGACAACUACGAAAGGACUACGCCGGAUGGCAGUGUUGGUGAGGCAGAGCAUAUGGAAAAUGAUUCACGGCCUCUACCAGAUGUAGCCCUGACAGGGAAGUGUACCCGAGAGUGUGAUGAGUAUGGCCACUCAGACUCCUGCUGGAUGCCAGUUCGCACUUCUCCGGAAAGGAAGCAGAAGAGCCAGCCAAAACUCUCCACUUUCAUGCCUGUUGAUGAACGAGGCAGUCAGGAAAAGCUGGCCAAUGGAGAAGCCUCCCUCAUGGGCGAUCGCAACAGAAACCUCCUUAACAAAAAGUUGACCUCAUCCUAUGAGACCUUCAGCGUGGCUAGUUUCAGCAAAAAUGAAGAAGGCAAUCCAGAGGAUAUCCCCCUUACACAGACAGGGGAAUACAAGCCAUCUCCUGUCAAUACUCUAACUAGAAGAGAAGUUUACCUGUAGGCUAAAAAGCAGCAACAAAGUUCUUUCAUAUUAUAAGAUGGAAAAGGGGCAAAAGUCUUAAAAUGAAAACAAUUUUAACUAAAGAUAAGAAAAAAAAGAGGGGGCCACCAAAGAGACAAAAGCUCUGCCUGCCAUUUCUGCCUCCAUAAGCAGGCAUUUAACUAUACUGUCUGCCUGACUAUAUUGUACAAUGUAGAAACCAUUGUUGUUACUUGCAUGUCUAAUUCCCCCUCACUGAUUUUUAUUUUCCUGAAUUUAUGGUUGCAAACUACUCCCAUAGUAACAAGCUCAAUUGAAAAGACACAACACACAGUUGUUACCCCUCUGCAGAAGCAUGAGUUAAGCCACUUAUUUUCUUUGAUUGUCAUCUGGCUUGUUGAGGAUAACAGGUCAGGGAUAAUAUAUUCAAAACAUAUCAUCUGAAUAUUGCUGAUCCCCACCAGGGACAAUCCUUCAGAAACCGUACAGAUAUAGAGGUAAAUACAAAGGAAUAACUAUUAAUAGGCACUUUUUGAAGACCACAGCUUUAAUAGUCUCAUCUGAGGCUGGAAGCAACAGAAAUAACGUUCAGCCUGAGACUGCAGUCCAAAACAUGGCAUGCUUUCCGAUGAAUCUUGAACUCUGGUUCUGUUUUAUCCAUAGAACAAAUGUAUUCUUGCUGUGUCUCUUUCUCUCCUCCUCUCUCGUUCUCUGUAAUGAUUACUUCAACGUAAACACAAUUAGUAACACAUAAACCGUAGCAUAGUAGUGAUAAACUGUUGAACUUAUUAUUUUGGACAAGACCAACAUCUAGCUGGGAAGAUCAUAGUAACAAAAAGGCCAAAGAUCACACUAUGGAUCAGGGGAACUGCUGAGUGUUGGAGCUUGGCUUAGAAAACUAAUAUACUCACAAAUAUAUGUAAGUACACAUAACACACCUUCAGUUACAUUUUGCACAGUAGCACAGUCCACAAGCCCAGAUGACAUACUAUUUUUUUCCAAUGCAUUUAGAGUUGAAUGCCCAAAGGAACUGAUCCAUUUUUACAUACUGGCAUGAUAUGUUGCAGCAAAUGCUGCAUGUGAUACUACCAGUUCCAGGGAAUUUUUAAGAUCAAAAUUAAAAAUAGUAAUAAAAAGCUAUGUCAGUGGGAAGGAUAGGUUGGAGAAUGGUAUGAUACGGUGGCAGGAGAUUAUUACAAGUCAAAUACAAUGCCUUCUUUUCAGAGUGCAAGGAAUGCUUGCUAAGACUUUUGUCAUCAGUGUUGCAGCUUACCAGUUGCUUCGGUUGUGUCAAAGGUAUGAUGCAGGUUUUCUUGAAACACAAGUGCAUUAAAGCAGAGUGAAGUGCAAUACUAACCAAUGUCAAGACUCAGACAAUAUAGGCCAGGUAGAAAAUGAUCUAAUAAACACUAAUAUGGUACUUUCACAGUAGUAGGUCAAGAUGAGUCAAAAAGAAUCCAAGUGAGCACGGUAUGUAAGAGCUCUGGGCCAUAACAAUUCUCAUAGUGAGCACUUCAUGAAAGGAACAGGAAAUGAAACAGGUUUUUGUGCAAUAAAAACAACAAAAUGUGCAGAACUUCAGCUAGCUGCUUUGUAGCUGAUGCUAUAGUAAUAAUUAAAAACUGCGCUCAGACAUUCAGAUGAAUCUGACAAUCGGACACCACAGCAAGGACAGCUUGAGAAGGGGAAAGCAUUCAAAUCCCUGGAUGUUUAACCUCGUGUUUAAGGCAUGGCUAGAUGGCUCUCUAGUAUAUUGUAGUCACGAUGUAGCUUUGGGUAGUUUCUUGCUUUGAAGAAUUACAUAGAGUAUAAUCUUAAACAGCCUAAAGUAGAGGUUGCUAAAUCAAUACAACUCAUCACAUUUAUCUUUUGAAUUCACUUCUCCUCCAUAUACUGGGGUGUGUCCUUUUUGGCCACUCCAUUCUCCUCUUUCAAGUUUACUUUCUUCAUGUAACACUAGUUUGUCUAUAGCAGUUAUGAUGAAUGGGCACAUUUUAGAAAGAAAAUAUUAAAUCAAAGAUUAAUAAUGAUUGAACAUUUUUAUGUUUAAUUAUUUAAAUUAUAUGGAGAGAUGCAAACUAGUACUUUGCUAUGAGACUGCAUAGAGCAGUUACUGCUUUGUAUAAUCUGUAAGUACCUGUUAAAAAAUGCUUCUAAAAUGCUUAUGUAAUGUAUACACAUUUUUCUUGCACGUUUCAAAAGAAUACACACUUGCAUAACACAAAUGUUCAACAGAAAUUUUUUCUUUAAUAAGAAUUUAUUUUAUUUAAAAAAUAAACACAAAAAAAGAACAUUAGGUAGCUUGUUUCAAUAUAUCAUUAAACCCUUUUUCUACAAAGCUAAUAAUACAGGUCAUAGAAGACCUUCAGAUUAAAUGGAUCAGCAGUCACUCACCAAUUUUUGCACCAUGUAAGACAGUCAUGUCAUUAAGUACUUUACUUGUGUGCAUCUCCUCUAGAACUAAAAUGGGUGUGAAAGAAUUUAAAGAAUUCUAUGUACUGUAAGUAUUCACAGUAAUUCUAGUAGAACUAGCCACUGUUAACAUGCUGAUUACUCUUCUGACCUGGCAUGACACAAAUAUAUUUUGUGUUUAUAUUUUUCUUUUUAUUUGAAAUAGGCUAAAACUGGUGCCACUCCAUAAAUAGAGUGCUUUUCUAUAAAAAUAAACAAAUAAAACUAUAAAAAUAAUUAGGGUGAAUGCAAAAUAUGCAACUGUGCCUUUUAUACCUGUUAUUAUGGUAAAGUGGUAGUUGGGUUUGAACACUGAGGGAUAAGGGGCUAUUCCCAACUUUUUUGAAUCUGUAUAUUUACCUGUGUUUAUUUUCUGAGAAAUUAUAAAUAAUAUAUUUAAAAAACAAGCCUUUUGCCAAACUCAGUUAAUGGACCAGUCUUAAGCAUUACUAACACAAGGCUGUGGUUUAAGUACAUCUUGUGAGUUUUUUUAUUAAUAUUUGUGGGGGGUUGGGUUUGUUUUCAUUUAAUUCUACUGCCUGGAAAACUAUAAUCAGUCUAUAUUAUAGUUGUUUAGCAAGGUGUCAUCAGUUCAUAUUGCCAGGAAAAUUGACAAUUACAUUUUUUUAAUUGCUUUUAGCUGCCAUUACAUUUUGGUUGUACAGUAUAAGAAUCAUCCUUUUAUUUCCUUCCAUGGGAGAAUCAAACAAGCUUUGCAUGUAUUUUACAUUAGGGCACUUUUAUAGAUUGAUGCGUUAAUAUAUAACUUUAUAUGUAUUAGAAAUUUCAAUAGCUUUGGUCUAAAAAUCUAAUGCUCAUUCUGGAUCUCAGAUCCACUAUGUUUAUUCAGUAUGGUUUCUGACUGGCCUGCUGCCUGAGUUUCAGGAAAGAAAGAAAAAAAAAGUCAAACAUUAUUUUUAUGUGGGGAAGAACUUAAAUGGGAUUGAAAUGAUUGGCUGAAAGGCUACCCUAGGAAGGUGUCAAGUACAAAAAUAAAGAGUAAGGCUAAAUGAACCUGCCACAAGUACAGCCAUCACUAAAGACUUGGAAGGAACUUGAGCACUGAAGUACUUUUCCGUAUAUUUCUUUGGUGAUAAAUAUACAGUAUUUCCUUAAGGAAAGAAACGGACAAAAUAGCAAUAGAGAUAAAAGUCCACCAGUAAAGAUGUAUUGCUGAUUGAAGAGCAUAAAUGUAAGGAAGAAGACAUCAUUUUCCAGCUACCUGGGGUAUGCUUUCAGACAACUUCUUCCUAAAUUUUAAAGCACUUGCAUUCAGUGUGGUACGAUCUGUUUGUAAUAUUAAUCAUUGACUAUUGUUCUGCAACUUGGAUGUUGAUAGUGAAGCAGAGAACAAUUUAUCAUUGUUUAUUAUGAGUCACUAUGCACGCAACUAUGCUAAACAUGGCGAAAUGUAUUAAACGCUAGUCCACCUCUAUUUAUGAAAUAUUUACAUAAUUUAAUUUGCUUUUGUACAGUUUUAUGUAAAUAAAUUGCUUGUCAUUUUUGUCUCUGCAAAUUAAAAUAUAACAUGUUCAACUGGUUACCCAUUUGCUAGUGUACUUUCUCCAACAGUCUAUUCCACUUUUACUGACUUAAGUCAUAUGCUGUUUUGUGUAUUUAACCAAUGUCUUAUACAGCAAGAAGGAAGAUGCCUUAGUAACCAGACACUUCUUCAGUUGCUGAUGUAACUACUGAGGCUUUACCGGUCUACACAGUGAAAGAGUGGAAUUCAGUAGAAAUUAUUCAUAGUCAGGACAGCACACAGCUAUUUUCACAGUAGAGAUAAAGUACUUCUAAUGAGAGCACUUGCUUCCCAUUACUGUUCAAAAGGGCUUUUUUUUUUUUGAAUUGAAGCACGUAGAAAACCUUCAUAUUAAGGGGAAAAAUAAGAUCUUAGUAAAAGCUCAGCUAUUUCUCUUAUGGUAAUAGCCAUGGUAAUAUGUAUAGCAUUGUUACACAUAGUAUGGUAAUUUUUUAAUCAUCAGGGUUCCCAAUUUCCCCAAAAGUUUAGAACCAUUAACCAUUCUUUAAAUGUCUGUGCUAAAAAGAA